ACGUCACUGCAUAAUUAGAGAACAAGGAAACAACCCCACGUGUAUCAAACUGACAUCCAAGUAUGAGAUAAUUAUCACAAACUACCCACAUAUACACUGCGUAUUCAGGUCUCAUUAGGAUCACCUUAGCUCACUGAAUAUUAAUGACCUAAAUUAGAGUAUAAAACCCAUGAAUUUCCCUCCCUGUAUCACACUUCAACCACCGCAUCCAUCGAAGAACUACCUACUAUCAAAAAAAUCCCAAGAAAAUCCAAUCAAAAUGAAGAUCCAGAUUUUGGUAAUCCUCACCGUGAUUGCAUUAAUGUGCCUCUCUUCUGAAGCUCAAGUACGAAAAUACUGUGGCAGACGACUCGCCGUGGCAUUGGCUCUAAUCUGUGAGGAACCAUCUACAUCAGAUAAAAGGUCCUCUAACAAAAGAAAUCAAGAAAAGAGUUCCUCAAACUACAAAGACCCUAAAAACAGGUACUCAAACUUUAAGGACUCAGAAAAGAGGUCCACAUACUCUAUAGAGGAAGAAAUGAGUCCUUCAUACUCUGACGAUUCAGAAAAGAGCUUGUUAAACUACAUGGACCAAAAAACCAGGCUCGCCAACUCAGCAAAAAGGUCUAUGAAUCUUGAGAUCAUGUCUUUAAACUCUAUUGACCAAGAAACGACUUCAGAAAAUUCUGUACUUUCAGACAAGAGGAUCAUAAACACUUUAGACUCAGAAAAGAGAUCUUCAAACUCUAUUGCCUCGGAAAAGAGGUACCCAUACUCUAUUGACUCAGAAGAGAGGUAUCCAAACUCUAUUGAUUAUGAGUACGAUUGGAAGGUCGCUCCACAGAAAGCAAGAGGUAUGGGGAGAGGGAAACGGCAGAUUGUGAGUGAGUGCUGUGACAAACCAUGCUCUCUUGAUGAACUAAAAACCUACUGUUGAUUUCUACUGGUAAUGUAAACGUUAAGUAAAAUAAAAGUUGUAAGUUAUUACU